CGUAGUAGCUCACGAGCAUCGACAGCGGCUUACAGCAAUGGGUUCUUCCUGCUUGUGGCUUGCAGUGGCGUUGCUCGCCGUCAGACAGAUCGCAGUCAGAUGCUGCAACGAUCCUUAUUACGGUCUUUAUUGUCAGGAUAUGUGUGGAGCUAAUUUUACAGCAGCUUCAGGCUAUAUUCGUCCUCCUGGGUACGACUCUUCAAACGAAGAGUAUUUCAACUCAGUGGUAUGCGUUUGGAAUAUUGUUCCUCAAGAGGAGAACGUGUCUGUCAUCAUCACCUUUGACCAUUUUUCUACUGAGACUUGUUGCGACUAUCUGUACGUUUCGUCUGACCCGUCUUUCGCCUCCAAGAAUUUGGUGGCUCGUUAUAGAGGAAGGAAAGCUUACGAAUUAAUUUACGAAGCACCUCUAUAUCUCAAGUUUCGCUCCGAUGGUUCAGUAACACAGCGAGCAUUCAUUUUACGCUACCAAACUAUUUCCGGAAAGCCCCCGGAAUUCCUUUUGCAAGCGGAAGACCAGACUGUCACACAAGGUGACCAUGUGUUGCUACCCUGUAACGUGACCGGAAUACCACCACCUGUUGUGACGUGGUACAAAGACGAGAUAGAAAUUCAAUCUCGCUCCAAUUUUCUCUCUCAAUUUCAAUUGCAAGGAAAUAAUCUAGUUAUAAAUAACGUAACUGAAGACGACGCUGGCUAUUUCAAAUGCAGAGCUCAAAACUAUUUGAACUACACCGAACAACUUGUUUUUCUAAAAGUUACUGCGUUGCCAACAUUCGUAAUUCAACCAACGUCAGUCCACUUCGAUUCACUACUGCCUGCUGGCUAUGGACAAGGUUCGUUUUCUUUAUACACAGACGGGCUGCAGGCCACAUUUCUUUGUCAAGUUUACAAUGGUAGAAUCACGUGGAAAAAGGAUGGCAAAGUUGUUGCCAGUACGUCUUCAUCGCUUGGCUGGCACACAGUCAAACCAGUCAGAAUGUCUGAUGAGGGAAACUAUACGUGUGAAGCAUCUAAUAUUUAUGGAAAGGUAGAGUCACGUGCUGCUUCAUUAACAAUAGGAAGGAGUGUCCUUUGUUGUGUAUACUUGCACUUCCAAGGGUCAGUUAAAUACAUUACUGGAACUAAGGUGGAGUUGUUUCUCUCAUUUCAGUCGUCAGAGUAUAGGCUAGCUACAGCAUCAGUGACAAAAGACGGUUAUCGAUACUCUUUAGCCACAUAUUCAAAUAGGUCCGAUCAACAACACCUUCGUACAACUAACGUUGCUAUCAGUCUUGGACAUUUGUCGGAAUUACAAACGGGCGUCUAUGGCUGGAAAUUGUAUAUGACUGCUUCAGCAUUACGGACAAACAUUUUGCCUAACAUUGUAGUAAGUUCAUUUAUGCCCGUCAUACUUCAAGGUAACUUUCCAUUCCUUAAAUUUGUGACAACAAUGUAUUUAUAUAAUAGAUAUUGUCAUGUAGGACCACCUCGCGUAACUCUUACUCCUUCUGUGUCACUCGUUAGAAACUAUUUGUACGGAAAGCAAACUAUAGCUUGCUCUGUAGAGCCUCCUUCUUCUUCACUAUCUAUUCGCUGGUUUAAGAAUGCUGAUCAGUUAUUGUAUGGUCGCAGUUUUAGGAUGGAAAGCGGUUACUCGAAAUCUUACCUCCUAACAUUCAAUGAGAUCAACACGACACAUUACACUUGCAGUGCAAGAAACUCGGCCGGAAUGAUUACAAAUGCUACUGUAUCAGUUGUAGUCAGAGGCGUACUCGGUGGAUGGAGUUGGUGGACUGAGGAUUCUCCGUGUAGCGUCAGUUGUGGGCCUAUACCAGGAUUUAGAAUUAGAACACGUCGCUGCUACAACGCAACUGGCUGUUCUGGCAUGGGUAUUAAUAUAACAACUUGCUACUCAUUUCGGCUUUGUUUGCCAGUGAAGACAACAUCAGCUUCUCCAACAGUAGAGACAACAACAGUGGAGACAACAUCAGCUGCUGUGGAGACAACAUCAGCUGCUGUGAAGACAACAUCAGCUGCUGUGGAGACAACAUCAGCUGCUGUAGAGACAACAACAGAUGCGGCUGUUGCUACAGAAACGCCGUCUUUUGUUUCAAGUUCACUGCCAAUGUCUACUCAAAAGAUAGAAACCCCUCAAACAAUUUCCGAUGCAAGCAAUAAUAUUGUUAUAACAGCAGUGGUGUGUAUCAUUCCAACAGCAAUCGUCACUGCUGUAGUGACGGUUGCCAUAAUAUACUGCAUAUUAAAACGAAAGAGCAGUGGCUGUGAUGACCCACCGAGAGAAGACAGACAAGAUGUAGGAAGAUCUGGUACAACCGUCUCCGCCCACAACCGAUACGAUUCUGCAGUUACUUUUAGUAAGAAGAAUAAAGCCAAAAUUGAAAGAGCAGAAGCAUCUCAUCCAGAAACUGUCACGAAUUCUGAAGAGAACUAUGAAAGGCUGCAGCCGGUGUCAGGGGUGCGAACACUUCCAGCACGCCAAGCGCGACCGUUUGGCAAUGAAAUGGGUUACAAGCAUCCUAGACCUCAAGCAACUUACGACCAACCGUCUACCAUUGUCAGGUCAUUUAACGAAUCAGUGAGCUAUGUUAACACACCAAUUCAACGCUCUUCACAAACUCAGCAACGAUACGAGAAAGACGGAUAUGUCGAACCGGCAGCGUGUCAACCGAGUAGGAAGCAUUGACUGACAGACGGCUGUACAAGCGGACGACAAAAAAUCCAAAUUCUAGAAAUGUUUUGUGAUCGUAAGUUUGACGAGUAUCUUGCAUGCUUCGAUAGCCCUGCAGAGAUUGAAUAGCUAAGCAAUUUGAUUUGUCACUUUAGAGAUUAAGUGUCGUUGAAUUUUGAGUUUAGUA